UUUUCGAAAAGCCACUUUCAGCAAAAUAAAGCAAGAUUUUGGAGGAAAUUUGAAGGAAAAAUAACCAAAAUGGUGAUAAUGACAAUGAUAGGCCGUGUUAGAGACGGCUUGCCUCUCGCUGCGUCCAUGCCAAGCGAUCAAGAACUGUUUAGAAAGCUUACAGAACAUUCACCUGCAAAGAGCAGCAUUGAGUCGGGACCCAUGAUGUUUCAUUAUCUUAUUGAAAGAGGUGUUUGUUUUCUCACCUUGUCUGAGAAAGCAUUUUCCAAGAGAGCUGCRUUCAGCUUUUUAGAAGACAUAGCAAGUGAAUUUCUUAGAGAAUACGGAAAUAGGAUCGCCAUGGCAUCACGACCAUAUCCUUUCAUUGAGUUUGAUACUUAUAUACAAAAGUCCAAGAAAAACUAUCAAGAUUCAAGAACAAGACGAACAUUAAACAGAAUUAAUGACGAAUUAGUUGAUGUUCAGAGAGUAAUGGUYCAAAAUAUUGAUGAUGUUUUACAAAGAGGAGAGCAACUGUCAGUUUUGGACGACAAGGCUGGCAAUCUCCGUUUCCAAUCAGAAAAAUACAAAAAGGAUGCCACUUAUUUAAACCUUCGAUCAGCUUAUGCCAAAUAUGCUGCUUUGGGMAUCGUUUGUACCAUUGUCAUUAUAUAUCUAAGAUUUUGGUGGUUUUGAAAGCAUUCCUACAAUUAAUAGUUAUUAUUAUCUUAUCAAAUAUUAUAAUUACAGAAAGAUGCCAUCAUUAAAUUAUUACUAUUAAUAAUAAUAGUAGCGUCUGGUUUUGGGUAGACCUUCACCUCAAUUGGAACAAGUUCUCCUAUUGACUUAGUUGUUCUCAAAAUAACAGUGAAAGUUUUUAUCUUUUUUUUUUUUGAGAAAGCCAAUUUGAUUUUACUUUCCAAGAGGUGAAAGUCUACCCUGGUUUUAAUGUGACCUGCAGGCCACAGAAUCCUAAAUGGAAAUGAAAAUACCUAAAAAAGACAAAAGAAAACACAAAA